CCGACUCAAGACAGCUUGGUCGCGUGUGAGCUGAGUGGGAUGUAGUGAGGCGUCCUCCUGGGUGGUCGGGAGUAAACAGCCGGCUUGCGUACGCUGCACAGCUGCGUGCAACAGUGGCGGGUGUGGUGGCCGCAGUGCAGGGCCCGGCCUUCUAACUCGAGAGCCUCGCUGGCGCGUCCUCAGCGCUCUCCAUGGACAUUGGCGCAGACUCCUCUGGAGAGAGUAGAUCUGGCCAGCUGGUAACCAUGAGUGAAUGGAUGAAGAAAAGCCCCUUAGAAUGGGAAGAUUACGUUUAUAAAGAAGUCAGAGUGAUAGCCAGUGAGAAGAAGGAGUACAAAGGAUGGCUUUUAACUACAGACCCAGUCUCUGCCAAUAUUGUCCUUGUGAACUUCCUUGAAAAUGGCAGAUUGUCUGUGACUGGAAUUAUGGGACAUUCUGUGCAGACUGUGGAAGCUGUGAAUGAAGUGGACCAUAGAGUAAGAGAGAAGCUGGUUCAUUUGUUCACAUCUGGAGAUUCUAAAGGAUACAGCCCUGAGGAUCUGGAAAAGAAAAAAAAUAGCCUAAAGAAAUGGCUUGAGAAGAACCACAUUCCUGUCACUGAACAGGGAGAUGCACAAAGGACUCUCUGUGUGGCUGGGGUUCUGACGAUAGAGCCCCCAUAUGCUCCAGAGAACUGCAGCAGUUCUAAUGAGAUCAUCCUGUCCCGUGUUCAGGAUCUGAUUCAAGGACAUAGUUCAGCCUUCCAGUGAGAGGCCAAGCACUAUGAACCCGACCCAAAGGACGUCACUGUUUGAUUCUGUAUUAAAUGCUUCGAAUGUAAGUUGAUUGUAUUAUAGGACUUCAGAAGCGUG